CCGAGAGUAGCGUCUGCCCGGGUAUCGCCCGCCCUUCCCCAGCCGGGAGACCCCCCUCAGCUGCCCCGUGACAGAGAGUCCCCGCUUGACACCCCAGGGCUGAGGGAGCCGAUCCGCGGAGCUCGGCCGGAUCCCCAGAGGAUCCCCCGCCUGAGGAAGAGGGCGGGAGGGGCCGGCGGGCAAGAGGCCCCCACCCGUCCAAAGAGGGGGGAGGGCAAGACAGCGGCCCUUCCCGCCGCCCUCUCCUCCCUUUCGGCCUAGAUACCUCUUCCCGAGGUAGCGCUCGCAGGUAGAGCCCUCCUGCCACGGGAGGCUCAUUUCCGCCCGCAAGGAAGCCUCGGCCGGGGCGCGGCCUGGAGGAGCGGGCGCGGGGAGGGCCGGGGGCGGCGGCGGCGCAGCCUCAGCCGGAGACGGAGCCAGGAGUAGGCGGCGGGGGCGGGAGAAGGCGAAGCCAUGAGCCGCCCGAGGAGAGCGCAGAGCGGAGGUUAGACUUUAACCAGACUCUGGCGGCGGUGGCUCCGGACUCUCCUUCCGCGAGGAAGAAAGAAAAGAUUGACGUUGUCGCAGCUGCUGAACUUUUGACGGAAAGGAAGUCCGAAAGAGAAGAAAAAGGGAAGUCGGGAAACCUUCCAGGGCCAGCCGGCGGUGGCGGCGGCCUCCUUUCCUCCCGCGAUCCCUCCCUGCCAGCGGCGUUUCGGCUGGGAUGCGCUCCGUGGCCGGCCUGGGAAGGGCUGCGGGUGUCCCGGCGGGAAGAUCCCCUUUUCCCACUUGGAUCUUCUGAGCAAACCCAGCCCGGGCCUUGAUCAGCGGAGGAGGAAGGGAGCCACUGAGUCUCCCCUGAGAACCAUUGAGGAUGGCCCAGUCCAGGUCCAGCAGCGGCUCCCACUACGCCCUGAUGGCCAUUGGGCUGGGGAUGCUGAUCCUCGGAGUCAUCAUGGCCGUCUGGAACCUGGUCCCGGGCUUCGGCCUCAGUGCCAAGCCUCAUCCGGCCAGUGGUCACCACAACGAGACCGAGGUCAGCAAAGGGCUCCUGCACAGGAACAAGACCUUCUCGGUGGCCUACGUCUUAGUCGGGGCCGGUAUUCUGCUGCUCCUCUUCUCCAUCUGCUUGACCAUCCGGGACAGAAGGAAGCCGAGGCACCGCGAAGACGACGUCAUCCGGAUACGUCCGCAGCCCUCGGUCGAGCGGCCUCCCCCGGAGGACAGCCAAGAAGACGACAAUGACAGCCUCUCCCGCUACUAUGUACCCAGCUACGAGGAGGUGGUCAACGGCCUCUACCCAGAGCAGCCUAGGCUGGAGGCCGAGCGUGGCACCCGCAUCAGCGUCUCCCUUCCUUCCUACGAGUCUCUCACGGGACUGGAUGAAAGCCUCCCCACCAGGCCCAGCCCCAGCCCCAGCCCCACGGCGGCAGGGACGGCAACGGGGGCGGCCCCCAGGGAGGAGCGCCCGCCCGCCCGGCAGAGCUCCCGCCUCAGCAAACGCCUGAAGCCCUUGAAAGUGCGCAGGAUCAAGUCUGAGAAGCUGCACCUUAAGAACCUCCAGCUGGGCGGCACCCCUCCCGCCCGGGUCACCAUCGAGCCACUCACCCCCCCUCCGCAGUACGACGAGGCGCCCCCCAAGCUGCCAGACCCCCGGGAGGGGGAGCCCUGAAGCUGCUCCCGAGGGACACCUUUGCAGGAAGCACCGGAAGUGGCUUCUUGAGAACCCGGGGGGGAGGGAAGGGUGUCUCACAUCCAGUUGCAACACCCCCCAAGCACCCCAUGGCUCAGCUGGACCUGCUUGCCCAACAGGACAGGGUCAUGAGAAGAUGGAUGAGCCAGCCUCUCACAGUUGCCUCCGUGGUCUUUGUCUUUGUGAGCCUGGCCAAUCCGGGAUUUGGAAAAUGCCCCCUUUUUUCCCCUCCAAGGGACCCCCAACUUCCCCCCCCCCAUCAAACUUGGACAAGUGCCCUUUUCUCCGGCUCUUUCCUCCAACCUGCUGGAUGGAUAGUUUGGGAAGGUUGCCAAAUCCCCUCUGGAAACUCAGCUCAAGGCGUGGGGAGGGGAGGUUUUGAUACCGUCUUAGCAAUAUGAACUUUUGGGGUUACAGUGCGUCUCUGUGUGUAUGUGUGUGUUUAUUUUUUUUUCUAAAUUAUGUAUUUUUAUAUCUCUAUUUGGUAGAUGCUCACCCCUCCAAAGUAGCACUGAGUUUGGCAUGCCUGCCAGGCUAGUUUUUAAUUUUUUUGGUGGCGGUUUCCAGCAAUGGGGUUUCAGACCCAGCCUGCUGUUGCCACCAAAUGUGGAUUUUCAGUGACACAAAGGAAACUCAGGUGCCUUGAAAUCAAAAGGCCAAAGAGAACUCAAAUCCAUCAGGAUCUGCUGCAGACCCCAGAGAUGUCUUCAUUUGGGGAAGGGGUUCUAGAGUCUGGAUCCUCUCGGGUUUUGGAGCUGCUGAACUGGAAAUGUGAAACUUCUUUUUCCAAGAGGGGGUAAUCUUUUUUAAGAU